AAAACUUCAAGGAGUGUUUUGAGAUUUGAAGAAAACUGGAGGACGGACUCCCUUGAGGUAGAUAUUAAAACGAAUAAAUAUUUCAUGUUUGUACUUUAAAGGGAAAGACAGCAAGCGAAAAACGGAACAAGAACAUCAGCUGGUGAUGACAGUGAAAGUGUGAUACAAGAAACUCAAAAGGCGCUCUCUUUGAGGUUCAGCCUGUUUUUGAGUAUUCUUACUUGAUACAGCUUGCAAAUAAAUACAAUUCAGGUCUUUCUACUGAAUUUGAGUGAUGCCUUUCUUUAUGCAUUUCCUACUGCUGUGCCUCGCUGCCUAGUCUUUUCCGAGUACUCUGCCCUUCAAUCUUUUCCAAUGCAAAUUAUCAUCAUCAAAUGUCGAGAAUGAUGCAUUUCCUCAUUCAUACUGUCCUAUUUCAAUAUGCUUUCCAUGUUUAGUUUGGCUAGCGUAGGAUUUUACCUUUUGGUUUUAAUAAUGAGGGAAUUGAUUCUGGCAUGAAUUAGCCAGCUCCUUUUUAAUUAUAUCCUAUUUGUUGCUUUAAGGAGGAAGUUUUGCGUUUUAAAGUGGUAAACUCACUAUCCUUCAACAAAACCUGUGGAUUACAAGUGGAAUUUGGGUUGAUAUAGAUGUCAAUUGCAGUUGAGCACUAGAAUUUUGAUUUUCCUGGCAAACUCCUGUUGCGCACAUAGUGUUAAUCCAGUGGUAAUGAAGAUGGGGACAAAUUCUAGAAACCAUCUGAUACCAGAAGCAAUUUUUUCCUGGUUUUAUCCUGGAAGUUUCUUCUCUUCACUGAAAACCAAUUCAGGUCUUGACAGAACUCAGAUUGAUCCACAACCGGGCCUUCCAGUUGCUCCCAUCCGUUCCAUAUCUCCAGCUGAUCUUGCUAAGAUUAACUCGGGAACUAAACCCACAAAGGCUAGGAAGCAGAAGUCUGCUGCCAAGGAUUCUAAUCAAAUCCCACCCAAGGUUUUGGGGCCAAAGCAACCCAAAAAGAUAUCUUCCAAGAAAACAAAGGGACAAAUCACACUUGAAGCAAAACAUGAGAAAAAGAAUCUCGAUAUCGAUAUUGGCAAAAUAAACUUUGAUCUAUCUGGGGUUCCUUCUCCAUUUUGUUCUUGUACAGGUAUGCCUAGAGUUUGUUACAAAUGGGGUGCUGGUGGAUGGCAAUCCUCAUGUUGCACUGACAGCAUAUCUGAGCAUCCUCUUCCCAUGAGUUCAACUAGGCCUGGUGUUCGCAUGGCUGGUAGGAAAAUGAGCAAUGGAGCCUAUGUGAAACUUCUCCUGAAACUGUCAGCUGAAGGUUACAAUCUUUCUCAUCCUCUUGACAUGAAGAAACACUGGGCUAGACAUGGUACUAACAAGUUUGUUACAAUCAAGUAGAGAUCUGGAAUGUUGGAAGCUAUGUAUAUAUAAUUUCGCAGCAUAGCUAAUCCCCAUCCUUCUGCGGGUAAUUUAUAGUGUAUUGCUGCUAUAUAACAGGGAUGUUUUUAUAUAGAUUGUAAAUAUAGUUCCUCUAGUGCUUCCUGUUGUCUGAAACUUUUCUUAGAAUGAAGUUUACAGCGGUUGCGUAUCAUCAUUCCAUGAUAUGCUUGUCUUGGCAUCUUUUUAGCGCCUCUGAAUCAGUAUAUUAUUUGCUAGCUUUCUGCACAGUGCUGGUCAGAGAUAGAAAACCGAAAUGUGAGAAUGUUGUUCCUGGUGA